AGAUUAACGCCCCACAUUUAAGGGGAAAAAGUGAAGUGGUUUCUUUUAGUCGAACUUCUCCUGAAAGGGAAACGAUUUAAAUUAACUAAACUGCAGCUUUUUUAAAUCUCGCGCAGCAGCGGAUAUUUCGCAUUUAUCGAUGUAAUUGUUGAGGUUGCAGCAUCUGAUUAAACACUCGAGAUUCCACGGCUUGUACGACUCUUUCUGUUGUAUCUAGAUCAGUGAUGGAGGAGGAUCUAGGGAACCCUGUGGCUAAGAAGACUGAGGAGGAGUCCAGUAGUGUCCUUCUCACUUACUUCAAAGGAGACAUCAACAGCAUGGUGGAUGAACAUUUCUCCCGUGCUCUGAGUCAAGCAGCAAAACUGAAGGGAGAACGCUCCGAAAUCAAAAGAAACUGUAAAGUUGCUCAGACAAAUGGACUUGGAUCAAGUCAAUGGGACGCACAGUCACAAACUAGGUUUCAGCACUUGUUUCCUCCAGAACAUCUCCGGGAAGGAACAAGCAGAGAGUCUCAAUCAAACCAUCAUAUGCCACCAAAUCACCCUGCAAACAGUGCUGCUCUGUGGUCAGGAGAUUCUAGACAGGGAUUGAGUCUUGCUCUGCCCCCCAUGAUGCCCUACCCCUCAGCUGUAUCCUCUGAUGGUUUGAUGGUGGCAGAACACCAGUACUCUAAUUCUCUGUUAAACUUGCUUCACAACGAUCACCCUGACAUGGGCACAGUGGUGCUACCCUCCUCCAAACAAGACCUCAUGUCAGGAUGGACCAAGUACCCAGGAUUUGGCAAUCAGAUGAAUUGCAAUAUCAAUCUCAACUCUGGUGUACAGGGGAUUGAAAAAAGGGAUCUUUAUUGGUAUUAACAAUGUUAUUUGAGAUUUAAAAGGAAGAACAAAGAAGUCUUUCAUCACUUUCUUGUUUAACUGGACCAUGCAAUGCUUCUCCUGGAGGCGUCUGUACAUCCAACCUGUUCAGAAACAAGCUCUUCAUGUACCGAAGCACAGAAGAAGAUUGUACAAGAGAUUUGCCUCAGGCUCUGUAUGGUUAAAGACGUUUUACACGCACACAGAAACACACACUAAAUAUGUUUUUCUUUUAUUUUUAUUAUUAUUA